UUAUAAUGCUAAUUGAUGCUUUGUUGUCAUAUGCUUUGACUAAAUUUGCACAUAUUUGCAACUUGCAAACGCCAUGCAUUUUGUGCUUCAGGCUUGAUCAUCUCUUGGACAAAGAAAAAUCUAAUAAUUAUAGGAAUCUUCUCUGUACCAAUCGUAGAUUGGAGAUAUCAUCUUUAGUUUCUUGCCACAAACAUAAUAGAACUUGUUGAUGGCAAUGAGAUGUGUGACCCAUGUCUUUAUUCAUUCGAACAAACAACCUAAUUCACACUCCAAAAUGCAAAGGUUGAUAGUGGUAAAGUUGUCGGAUACUCUUAGGAAUGGAGGUCACGGAGAGUUACUAAAUAGGGAUUCAAUUCCUCGUUGUAUGAAGAUAAGACCUUGUUCUUGUUGCAGCAGGCCCUUGAAGACAAGGCAAUUGGUCAAGGAUUAUUGCCACUGAAAUCUUCUUUGAAUGUGGCCACUAAACCAAAUAUUCCUUAUUCACUCCGGUUAAAUAGUCAAGAUAGCUUGAAAAAGAGGAGAUAAAUUUUUUGGUUCAAUACCCUUACAACACGCUGGAAAAACUUGUUUUAACCUGUUGUCUCAUGUAGGAUUCAAUGAGCUGAGGGUCACUUCUGAUUCUGAGUUAGAGGUUCUGGUUUCAGAAGAAGAAGAUGAUAAAUGUUUAAUAUGUGAAAAAGUGCACUUAAACAAGAUUAUGUUCUUCGAUCUAUUACACAAAUUCUACUCAAGCUUCACUGCAAUAAUUGUGAUCAGGUUAAGCGAUCCAUUAAUUUUGUUGAUCCAAGGUUUUUACCUUUAGAAUCAUAGGUGUAGUCAUAGACUUUAGAAAAAAGAAAAUGCGGUGGCAGUCAAAGAUAACUUUAAAAGGUAAUGCUAUGUAUUAUUGCUCAAUGGCAAAGUGCUUUCACAGAAGGAAGACAAAUUUGAGAUUCGAUCCUUGUAGCUAAUGAAUUGGUUGAGGAUUACUGGGCGAAGAAAAAAAAGGUUCACUUCUCAAGAUAGAUUUGGAAAAAGCCUUCGACCAGGUUGAUUGGGACUUCCUUGAAAAAACCAUGAGAAGCAAGAAGUUUAAUGACAAGUGGAUUGAGUGAAUAAUGGGCUGCGUUAAGAACCCGAGAUUUUCGAGAGGGAGAAUUAUGGCCUCAAGGGGAGCUAGGCAAGGUGACCCCCUAGACCUCAUCGCUCUAAUGGAAAAAACGUUCAUCAGAAUGGCCUUUUUGAAGGUUUUCGUCCUGGGAAAGGACAAUAUUCACAUUCCUAUUCUUCAAUUCGUGGACGAUACUCUCUUUUUCUGCAAAUAUGUCAGCAGCGCAUUAGACAACUUGAAACAGACAAUAAAGCUCUUUGAAUGGUGCUCCGGACAAAAAGUGAAUUGGGACAAGUCGACCUUGUGUGGGGUUGAUGUGGACGAGAUGGAGUUGCUGUCCACUUCGACCUCUUUGAGUUGUAAGGCAGAACAUCUACCCUUAACUUACUAUCUUUUUUUGGCAGUCAGUGAUCGAUAAAAUCCAAGAAAAACUAGACAAAUGGAAAAGAUUUAACCUCUUGAGGGGAAGAGCCAUUCUUUGUAAGUAUACUCUUUACAAUCUCCCCACUUACUACAUGUCUACAUUUCUAAUGCCAGAAGGAAUCAUUUCAAUUUUGGAGAGAGUUCUAAGGAAUUUCUUUUGAGAGGGUCAUAAGGGCAGCAAAUUAAACCACCUUGUUAAAUGGGAAGCGGUUAUCAGAUCUACUCUGGAUGGUGAUCGCCUUAUAGACUUCAAAACAAAUGGCACUUCUAGCUAAAUGCGGAUGGAGAUACAUUGAAGAAGAAGACUCUUUGUGGUACAAGGUAGUCAGGAGCAUUCAUGGCAAGGACUCGUUUAAUUGGCACACCGCUGGAAAAGAUGGUAAAUGUUUGAGAAGCCCCCGGGUUUGUAUCUGCAGAUUUUGGCUGAAAAUAAAAGCUUUGGCAAGAUUGGGAAAUGGGAGAAAGACAUCUUUGUAGCUAGACCCUUCGGUGAAUGAGACUCCUUUAAAGGUUGCCUUUCCACGACUAUUCAGAAUAGCAUUAUCUCCCAAUGGUUCGAUUGCUGAUCAUUGGGACCUUGAAUUGACCUGUUGGUCAAUAAUUUUCCGUCGUUUGUUAAAGGAAGAAGAGGUCUUAGACUUCUAAGCUUUGCAUGGUAAAAUUGCAGAUAGAAGUGUUUUCGAAGAUCAAGAUAGACGGUUGUGCUCUUUAGGUGGCAGUGGGAAGUUCAGAGUAAGUCCCUUACGAUUCACUUGUCUCCAUCCUCCCCAAUGGAUAAAAUGAUCAACAAGGCUCUUUGGAAGUCUAAUAGUCCAAGAAGGGUGAAUAUCUUUGUUUGGAUUAUGUUGGUAGGACAUUUGGACGUCUCUUCAGUUUUGCAGAAAAAAUUACUGAGUAAUUCUCUCUUUCCUUACAUUUGCCCGCUGUAUUUAGUUUACAACAUGAAGAAGACUCCCAACACUUAUUCUUUAUAUGCAAGUAUUCGGCCAAUUGUCGGGAAAUUUUGAUUUUAAAGUUUAAUUUCUAUUGGGUUUUCGGUGGAGUUUUCUAAGAAAACGCAAUGCUUAUGCUAAGAGACUUCAGAUUAAACAAAGAAGCUUCUUCACUGUGGAUAAAUGUGGUGAAAGCUAUUCUCGCAGAAAUUUGAUUUGAACGGAAUCAAAGAGUGUUCCAUGAUAAAUCUCUUGAUUGGAAGGAUCCUUUUGAAGUUGCUCAUAGAAAUGCUUCCUCCUGAUGCUUACUUUCUUCGGCAGAAACAUAUGUGCAGGUCAAUUUGCAAAAGCCAAUCCGACUACCAACCCUUUCACAUGGGCUAAACCUAUUUCUCUGGAUGAUGCAUAUCCGUUGCAUCCAAUGUCUUCGGACUUUAUCGUGCAAAUUCAAUGGGAAAAAGUGACCUUACAGAUUCUUUCAACCAGGAGUCCACUCUCUCCUGUUGUCCUCAGAUCAUCACAUUGUAUCAAGACCCACUAGUUGCUGGAGAGUUGAUAACAUCUGAGGAGACAGGAACAAAUAACAUGGGAACUAAAUCUCCUAAUGAGCACGAGGAUCAUUCAACAUCGACAAGUACAAAAGUUGAAGAGUGUCCUAAUAUUGAUAAAGUGGUUAAUGAAUCUUCUUCUGAAAAAACUAAUGAUGGAACAGAUCAUAGCAUUGACAGUGAAUCUUCUGAAAGUGAUAAGGAACAGCCACGACAAUCCUUGGAAUCUUCUUCUACGAGUGAUUCAGAUCAUAAUAGUGAUAGUGAGUCAUCUGAGAGUGAUGAGAAACAUAAAGUCAAUUUUGCUACAAGACAACCUUUGGAGAAGGAAGCUGAUAUAGUUUCUGAUGAUAUGAAGCAGCCUCCAUUGACUAAUACUAGUGUUAAAGAGUGUUUGAAAACUGAUGAGCUUAUCUGUGAAUCUGCUGUUAAGAACAGUAAUGAUGGAAUGAACCAUGACAGUGCUAGGGAGUCCUCCGAGACUGAUAAGAAAUCGGAAGUUGCCAAUUUUACUGCAGAACAACCUUUGGAGAAGGAUUUUGAUGCAAUUAGUAAUGAUUUGAAGCAACCACCUUUAAUUAGCACGCCAAUUAAUAAAAUUGACGAGGUGGCUCGUGUAUCUGCUAAUAGGAACAACAGUAAUGAUAUGGAUCACGUCAGCAAUAGUGAGUCCUUUGAGAGGGAUAAGGAGCGAGAAGUUUUGAAUUUUGCUAUAUCUUUAGAUAAGGAAACUGAUAUAAUUACUGAUGAUUUGAACCAUACUCCAUUGAUCAACACAGCAAUUGAAAAGUGUCCUAAAACUGAUGUGGUGGCCUGUGAAUUUACUAUUAAUAAAAAUAAUGAUGAUAUGGAUAAGAAUAGUGAGUCCGCUGAGAGUGAUAAAGAACGUGAAAUACUCAGUUUUUCAGUAUUGCAAUCUUCAGAGAAGGAAGCAAAUCUAGUCGCUAAUGAUUUGAAGCAGUCUCCAUUGAUUGGCAUGGCGGAAGAGUGUCCUAAAGUUAAUGAAGUUGCCUAUGAAUCUGCUAUUAAAAACAUUAAUGAUGAUAUGGACAACGUUAGUGAGUCCAGUAUGAGUGAUAAGGAGCAUGAAAUCUUCAAUUCUUCUACAGGGCAGUCUUCAGAGAACGAAACAGAUGUAGUUGCUAAUGAUUUGAAGCAUUCGCCAUUGAUCAACACAACAGUUGAAGAGUGUUCUAAAACUGAUGAGGUGACCUAUGAAUGUGCUAUUAAGAACAUCAAUAAUGAUAUGGACAAUGCUAGUGAGUCUAUUGCGAGUGAUAAAGGACAUGUAAUCUUCAACUCUUCUGUAGGUCAAUCUUCGGAGAAGGAAACUGAUCUAGUUACUAAUGAUCUAACGCAUUCUCUAUUGAUCAGCAGAACAAUUGAUAAGUGUCCUAUGACUGAUGAGGUGAUUUGUGAAUCAGCUAUUAUCAACACUAAUGAUGAUACGGAACAAUUUCCAUUGCAGAAGAGUCCUGAUGAACUUGUUAAUCAAUCAACCUCAGAUGAUGAAGGCCACAAUUUUAGCAUUUCUUAUGAUGAUUUACAGGAAGAAUUUGCCCCAGGAUUCAACAUACAUCGAACAUUUCAUCGGUCAGUCUCAAUGGAAUCCGUUGAAUCACUAGAUGGAAGCAAUGUAAGUGAAAUUGAAGGUGAAAGUAUCGUUGAUAGGUUAAAGCGACAAGUUGAAUAUGAUAAGAAAUGCAUAAGGUCUUUAUAUCAAGAGUUGGAAGAAGAACGAAGUGCUUCUGAUGUUGCUGCAAGUCAAGCCAUGGCCAUGAUUACAAGGUUGCAAGAGGAGAAGGCAGCAAUGCACAUGGAGGCUCUUCAUUACUUGAGAAUGAUGGAAGAGCAAGCAGAAUAUGAUGUUGAAGCUCUAGAGAAAUCAAACGAACUUCUGAAUGAAAAGGAGAGAGACAUCCAAGAUUUAGAAGCAGAGCUCGAAUACUACAGAUCUACUUACAUGGUUGACACAAUAGCUGAAACUGAACAUGAAAAAAGUGAUGAUGCAAAUGAUGAAAGUAUCAGUACAGAGAAUGCAAGUGUAAAACGCCAUGAAUAUAAUGGCAACUAUUCCUUUAAAUCAACAAUGGCGGAGUCAUCAAAAGGAAGCUACAAAUCUUUCAAUAAUCAAAAUUCAUCUAUAGAAUUUGAAGAUGAAAAAAUCUACAUCCAGGUAUGUUUGAAGAGCUUGGAGGAUAAGAUUAAUAAAAUAUUCACUAAUGGACUUUUAGCCCGGGUUCCUAAUAUCGUUGACAAUGGAGAAGAGGUGAAUCCUGAACAAAAAGGAGAAGAUAGUAUUGAUGUCGAUAGGUCUCAAAGAAAUAAUGAAGACAAUGGUUCAUCCAAACACAUGGACCAAAGCAACUGUAAUGGCAAAGCUACACCAGAUGGAGAGUUGGUCGAUCUGGAUAAAAAUGGUCAUUUUAGCAGUGACGAAAACUUUUAUGAUGUGAAAGGUCAAAUAAGUUAUGCAAACAAAAGAGAAGAGGUUGACUACCUUGCUCUUGAACAUAAAAUUUCAAACCUUACUGGCAAGUUGGAAGCACUACAAGCUGGUUAUGAUUUUCUUGAGCACUCUCUUCAUUCUCUUCGCUACGGUGAGGAAGGUUUGCAAUUUGCUGAAUAUAUCGUUCAUCAGCUUCAAGAAUUGUGUAAACUCGGGAUUAUACUAGAUCGUCGAUCUGGCUCCUAAGUUCUUCAUGCAGCAUGAUAUGAUACUUGAAAAUGGGAAUCAACAAUCAUUCUGGACCAUCAUCAUUAAAACCUUGAGAGUAAGUCAUGGUUCAUCCCUUUUUGUUGGGUUGCGAUGCUUGAGGUUGAGCAUUAUGGCCAUUGUCGAAUAGGUUCAGAGUAGAGAAAAAAUGGGUAUGUUUUACAAAUUUGUACCAUCAAAUCACCAUGGACGUUUAGUCUUCCAUCUUUUGAGCUUUUCAUUUUUGUGAGGGUUAGUUAACUUUACUUGCCAAGGAGCUCAUAAUUUUUGUAUCUCUCUCUCUCUAUACACACACACACACACAUCCAUAUUCUUGAGGUUGGCCUUUCUACAGUACCAAAUAAAUUAUUCUUCAACA